AUGCCCUCCAGAGAAGCAACUCAUGCUGGAUCCUGGUACUCAGACCACGAACCCACUCUCUCCAAACAGCUGGACCAGUGGCUUGCACAGGUCCCUGACGAAUUGCCUGAUAUAGGUCCCCUUCCCAUCCCCGGAGCCAGAAUUAUCAUUGCUCCUCAUGCCGGCUACGCCUACUCGGGACCUUGCGCUGCUUUCGCUUACAAGACACUGGACCUCUCCAAUGCAGAACGCAUCUUCCUCAUCGGCCCCUCCCACAACCACAUUCUUUCCACACUUGCCCUUCCACAACUAACCUGCUACUUAACCCCUCUCUCCCGCGAACCCCUCCCCCUUGACACAGAAUUAAUCGCCCACCUCCUGACUUCUACCAAUGCCUCUAACCACCGCUUUACAACCAUGUCCCCCGCCGUCGACUCUGCCGAACACAGCCUAGAACUCCACCUGCCCUACAUCCACCACCUCCUCCGUCGCCUCUAUCCCACAAAGCCCACAGCCCAAUACCCACCACUCGUCCCAAUAAUGGUCGGCAGCACCCUUCCAGCCGCUGAAGCAGCGUUCGGUUCCGUGCUAGCUCCGUACCUCGCUGACCCAUCAAACGCUUUCAUAAUCUCCUCGGAUUUUUGCCACUGGGGCCUCCGCUUCGGCCAUACAUAUUACGUCCCCAAUGCCCGGAAACCCGCGGAAUCUUUGCCGCUCUCGUAUCCGCAAUUGCCUUUACCGUCCACUUCUGAUGCCGGAGUUGCAGCGGAAGCCAUUGAGGCUGUAGCGGGAGGGAUUUCAUUGAAGGUUAAAGAUAAAGAUCGCGUGCGUAAAGGCGUUGCUGGUGUCCCCCUGAUUCAUGAAAGUAUCUCUGCGUGUGAUGUUGCGUGCAUGACAGCCAUUGCGUCGGGGGAGACGCGCGGGUUUUUGGACGCGUUGAGGAAGACGGGCAACACGAUUUGCGGGAGGCAUCCUAUCGGGGUGGUUAUGGCUGGAUUGGAGAUUGUUAGGGGUAGCAAAGAAGGGGGUGGUAAACUCGAUGCUGUAGAUGGUGAGAUGCAGAAAUGUAGGUUCCAUUUUAUCCGGUAUGAGAGGAGCUCGGAUGUUGUGGCUGUGGGGGAUAGUUCGGUUAGUUAUGUUUCUGCAUUUGCAGUGCUGUAG